AUGCCAUACACUCAAAUCGACGUAAACGAAGAAGAAAGACAAUUCCAACAACAAGUUGCUGAAAUUAAAAAAUGGUGGUCUCAACCAAGAUGGAGAAAGACUAAGAGAAUCUAUUCUCCAGAAGAUAUUGCUAAGAAGAGAGGUUCUCUCAAGAUUGAAUACCCAUCUUCUCAACAAUCUGACAAGUUAUUCUCCUUAUUGGAAAAGCAUGAUGCUGAUAGAACUGCUUCUUUCACCUUUGGUGCUUUAGAUCCAAUUCAUGUUGCUCAAAUGGCUAAAUACUUGGAUUCUAUCUAUGUUUCCGGUUGGCAAUGUUCCUCUACCGCUUCUACAUCUAACGAACCAUCCCCAGAUUUAGCUGAUUAUCCUAUGGAUACUGUCCCAAACAAGGUUGAACAUUUAUGGUUUGCCCAAUUAUUCCACGACAGAAAACAAAGAGAAGAAAGAUUAAACAUGACCAAGGCUCAAAGAGCAAAGACUCCUUACAUUGACUUUUUAAGACCAAUCAUUGCUGAUGCUGAUACUGGUCAUGGUGGUAUUACUGCUAUCAUUAAAUUAACCAAGAUGUUUGUUGAACGUGGUGCUGCUGGUAUUCAUAUUGAAGAUCAAGCUCCAGGUACCAAAAAGUGUGGUCAUAUGGCUGGUAAGGUUUUAGUUCCAGUUCAAGAACAUAUUAACAGAUUGGUUGCUAUUAGAGCUUCUGCUGAUAUCUUGGGUUCUAACUUGUUAGCUGUUGCCAGAACUGAUUCUGAAGCUGCUACUUUGAUUACUUCUACCAUUGAUCACAGAGAUCAUUACUUUAUCAUUGGUGCUACCAACCCAAAUGCGGAAGAAUUAGCUGGAUUAAUGGCUGCUGCUGAAGCUAAAGGUAUUUACGGUGAAGCUUUAGCCAAGAUUGAAUCGGACUGGACCAAGAAGGCUGGAUUAAAGUUAUUCCAUGAAGCUGUUAUUGAUGAAAUUAACGCUGGUAACUAUCCAAACAAGCAAGCCUUAAUCAAGAGAUUUACCGAUAAAGUCAACCCAUUAUCCAACACUUCUCACAAGGAAGCUAGAAAAUUAGCUAAGGAAUUAACCGGUAAAGAUAUCUACUUCAACUGGGAUGUUGCCAGAGCAAGAGAAGGUUACUACAGAUACCAAGGUGGUACUCAAUGUGCCGUUAUGAGAGGUAGAGCUUUCGCUCCAUAUGCUGAUUUAAUCUGGAUGGAAUCUGCUUUACCAGACUACAACCAAGCCAAGGAAUUUGCUGAUGGUGUUAAGGCUGCUUACCCAGACCAAUGGUUAGCUUACAACUUGUCUCCAUCUUUCAACUGGAACAAGGCCAUGAACCCUCAAGAUCAAGAAACUUAUAUUCAAAGAUUAGCUAAAUUAGGUUAUGUUUGGCAAUUUAUUACUCUUGCUGGUUUACAUACUACUGCAUUGGCUGUUGAUGAUUUCGCUAACCAAUAUUCUCAAAUUGGUAUGAGAGCAUAUGGUCAAAAUGUCCAACAACCAGAAAUUGAAAAGGGUGUUGAAGUUGUUAAGCAUCAAAAAUGGUCUGGUGCUGAAUAUAUUGAUGGUUUAUUGAAGAUGGUUAGUGGUGGUGUUACUUCUACUGCUGCUAUGGGUGCUGGUGUAACUGAAGAUCAAUUUAAAGAAAAGAUUUAA